AUGAGCAGUGAAAUGUGCGAAAAAUUCAUCGAUGAUUGGAUGACAGAGAUGAACAACGAACUCGAUAAAACCUCGAAAGCAAAAGCUUCUGCUUACAAUUUUGAUUUUUCCGUUGAAAAAGAAAUUGAAAUUUCUUCCCCGAGAUUUGAGUGGUCAAGUGAUCAUUCAUUUAUUGAAGAAAAUUCUUCCAAAGCCCGUAAAAAUAAUAGCCGAAUCUCCAAUAUCAAGAUUGCGGAAUUUAAUAGCAGUUUUGGGAAACUUGUUUCUAAAAUGCAAAAUAGCUCAUUAUAA